AGAGAAAGAGAGAGAGGGAGUGUGUGUGUGUAUGUGUGUGAGCAGCAACAGCAGCAGCAGCAGCAGAGUGAACAAACACAGAUCAGCAGCAGCAGCAGCAGCAGAUCAUCAGUAAGACUGUGAGCGAACACUUCUGUCACUUUAGCUUCAAACGCCGAACGGACAGGAGUCACUGGGGGAGGAGGAGCAACAGAAGGAGCGGAGGGACCUGGAAAAGCCCUGGAGCAGGACCGGGACCAGAACCAGGAUCAGGAUCGUCCUGCUCGGCUUGUUUAAAAGCUCGAUCCGCAGCAGAGUCUCAGCUGUUAUGAGCUAGAAGCCGUCCACAGACAUGGAGACCAAACCGUUCCUCUCACUGGGGUUCCUGAAGCCCCAGUGCUCGCUGGCUCCGCCCAUGGAUCGAGGUCGUUCAGGUGAAGCCUGCUCCUGCUUCAGUGGCAUGUGUCCUCUGCACCAGCGUCGUCUGUCCUCAGACUCUUCAGGUCACAUGACCUCCUCGCCUCUCAGCUCACCCACAUCUCAUCGAGGAAUGCACCCAUCUCUACUCAGCCCGACUGCCAUGGGUCCUUCUGGCUCCCUGCACUCCCCCAUCAGCACGCUCAGCUCUCCCAUGAACGGCAUGACCUCGCCAUUCUCUGUCAUCAGCUCGCCUAUGGGGCCGCACUCCAUGACCUCUCCCGGGAUGGGCUAUGGAUCCAGCGUCAGCCCACAGCUGAACUCUCCCAUGAACUCAGUCAGCAGCACAGAGGACAUCAAACCUCCGCUGGGUCUGAACGGCGUGAUGAAGGUUCCAGCCCAGCCCUCAGGCACCGCACUGUCGCUCACCAAGCACAUCUGUGCCAUCUGUGGUGACCGCUCCUCAGGUAAACACUACGGCGUGUACAGCUGCGAGGGCUGCAAAGGUUUCUUCAAACGCACCGUCCGCAAAGACCUGACCUACACCUGCAGAGACAACAAGAACUGUGUCAUCGACAAACGCCAGAGGAACCGAUGUCAGUACUGUCGCUACCAGAAGUGUCUGGCGAUGGGCAUGAAGAGAGAAGUGUUGUUAAAUGCAGCCGUCCAGGAGGAGCGCCAGAGAGCCAAAGAAAAGAACGAGAAUGAGGUGGAGUCCACCACCUGUGCCAACGAGGACAUGCCGGUGGAGAAGAUCCUGGAGGCUGAGCAGGCGGUGGAGCCCAAGACCACGGAGACCUACAUCACUGAGACCAACCUGGGGGUACCGUCCAACUCUCCCAACGACCCAGUGACCAACAUCUGUCAGGCAGCAGACAAACAGCUCUUCACUCUGGUGGAGUGGGCCAAGAGGAUUCCUCACUUCUCUGAGCUGCCGCUGGACGACCAGGUCAUCCUGCUGCGAGCAGGUUGGAAUGAGCUUCUCAUCGCCUCAUUUUCUCAUCGUUCCAUCGCGGUUAAAGAUGGGAUCCUGUUGGCCACUGGUCUACACGUGCACAGGAACAGUGCCCACAGUGCAGGAGUGGGGGCCAUCUUUGACAGAGUUCUGACGGAGCUAGUGUCCAAGAUGAGGGACAUGCAGAUGGAUAAGACGGAGCUGGGAUGUUUGAGGGCCAUCGUCCUCUUCAACCCAGACUCCAAAGGUCUGUCCAACCCCAGUGAGGUAGAGGCUCUGAGGGAAAAGGUCUACGCCUCUUUAGAGGCCUAUUGUAAACACAAAUACCCUGAGCAGCCUGGAAGGUUCGCCAAGCUGCUCCUGCGGUUACCAGCGCUGCGCUCCAUCGGCCUCAAGUGUCUGGAACAUCUGUUCUUCUUCAAACUGAUCGGGGACACGCCCAUCGACACCUUCCUCAUGGAGAUGCUGGAGGCGCCGCAUCAGAUGACGUAAAACAUCACCCGGGAGGAGGAGACCACGUUGGAGCCACGCUCCUUUCUCCUUCUCCUAUGUGCUACAGGCUCCACCCCCUCUCUCAGCAGAGUUUUUUAAUUAUCUGUAAGAAAAUGGACGUCCGUCUCCUUGGAGGGACAGAGGACGUGAGGCUUUCCGCUGGAGACUAAAUUUGAUUUCUCUGGCGUUUUUAUCAAACAGUGACAUCAUCCUGUCUGUGGACCUGUUUUUUUUAACUUUGUACAAAUAUAUAAAUAAGAAAAUUCUAUAUAUAACUCUAUGAAAAUCCACAAUAACUGGAGUGAGAGCAGACGACCGGGUGGAGACGGCCGAGGACAAACUUUGAAAACCUCUGUCGUAGCUGCUCCGACACAUCUGAGGAUCAGACAAUUCCAGGUAUGUCAUGAUGAUGAUGAUGAUGUCACACUGGGACACUCAGCGUUUGGAUGAGGACAAUCUUGAUGGAGACUCAGGACUUCCACUCUUGGACCUGAGGUUUCUCCUCAGACUUUCAGGACUGAACUUUCUCUUUGUGGGCAGCACCAUGGUGUUGGUGAUGGUGUCAGUGGUGCUGGUGUUGGGGGUCAAGAGUCGUCUGGUUCCUGCCUGACCCGACUGAACAUCACCUUCUUGCACUAAGUUGUUUUAUUGUUUUUAAGUGUGAGUUUAAAAAAAAAAUCAGAGGCAGGUUCACACAAAACCCACAAAACCUCAGGUUUCAAUUCCAACCAGUAAUAAAAUAACGUUGUCUUACUCUGUUAGCACUGUGCAACUUCACAACAGAACCACAGUCCAGUCCAGUAUCUACUGAAGGGAGAGUUUAGGCUUUUUUUAAGUGUGGUGGCAUGAAGUCAAAAAGAGAGAUUUUAGAUACAAUUAUUGACUCUUGAUUUAGCCUGAAAAAAAAAAGAUUAGGACCUGCCCAAAUUAUUAUUUUCCUAUUAGAUUAUUUAAACACUGAAGUUUGUGAACCACUCACUCCCAACCCAAAGUCCAGAGUCAAAAUUGAUCUCUUAUUUUCUCUAUGGACUUUGGUCUGUGAGCUAAAAUCACUGAUUUUCUCUGUGAGGUUUGAGGUAUGAGUCAUUGGUUUACAUUGUAGAUAAAAAGUGAAGCAGAUUUAAAUUUACAAUACGAGUCUACAGUAUCAAGGAGCUAAAAUCUAUUUUUACCCAAAAUUAAAUCUCGAUUUUGAAUCCAUAAAAACCACGCUGUAAAAUUGUCUGCAUUGUCCCUUUAGUGUGUUGGUGGAUGAAGAGUCUGUUCUGACUCAUAGGAAAAAGGCGACUGUUGUGAUUCAUUAGCUUUACUGGAGGCUCUGAAAUGAAAACCAGCAACUCUGAACAACUUUAUCGACUUUAUCGUUUGUUUUUCAAUCCUGACAUUGACACUUGACUUUUGUUUCAUCAGAUCUCUCGCUGUCAUCCAUGUUAACAGUUAUGUUCAUGUAAAAACAAAAACAGAAAAGUGAUCAGGACCGAUCGGUGUCAGCUCUGACCGGUACUGUUGACUUUAACAAAAACCUCAUGUCUACCUGUACUGAAAGUUAUGGCGGUAAACAGUGUUCACUUCCAUUUCCAACAGCAGUUACCUCCGUGUUCAUCCUCCCACACUCCCACACUGGUUCACUCACUCUUCAGCAGCAGGCAGCUGUGCACGUGGUGGCAGACGUGCACGUGGCGCUGCGGCUGCUCCUGCAGAGCCGUUACUUUACAUGUGUUGAUAUUUCAUUACGUGGCACUUAAACCUCACGCCGGCAUCAGUGUGGUCGGACCACGUCCUCGUCCUCCACGGAGGCACGUGCACUGACCUGGUGCACUCUCCCUGCACUUGUCUGGACACGGACCACUUUGUCCGACUCCAACCUUGAAAUGCGUCUUAUUUCUGUCCACGGCUUCAUGUCCAUGUCCCGCUCCUUCCUCCUGUCUUCGUCUCCUUCUCCUCUCACUGCUGCAGCUGAUGCAUCACAAUCAAACCUAUGCAUCCAAACCAGUGCACUUUUCCAAAGAGUGACCAUGGAGCGCUGGGAUCCUAAAGAAGAAGAAGAAAAAUAAAAACAGUCAGGCUUCAGUCGGAUCGUUUCCUGAACAGGAGAAGAAUUGAUUCAGUUGAGGUUCUUCUGAGUUCUUCUGCUCCAGUUCGGUCAGCUUUAACUGAGAAAAUAGAAAUGAAACAGAAACAAUCAAACAAAUCAAACGUUUAUUCUUUUUCUGAGAGCAAAGGAAUUCCAUUAUUUUUGUACCUGACAGUAAAUAGGAAGGAAGACAGUGGAGUCUUCAAAGAGACAUUUUACAGAGGCGUCGAACUUUAACCCAUUUCAUAUUAAAUUACAUUUGUAUUUAAUUGAACUCAAAGUGGAAAAACAAAAAGGGUUUGACUUUAAAUUGAAAAUGUCUGCAGAAAAACAAUCUGAUCAAGUUAAAAAUGUCAUUUUCAUGUGAUGAAAUCAACUGUCAAAGACCAGAACUGGACCUUUUACACUUCAAACACUAGGUGGUGAUGUGUGGUCUGUCCAACAUGUCCUUCAUUUGUCCUUGUCCUUCAUCAGCGCUUCAUUAGAUUUUGUUUCCUCCUGCCAUGGUCCCUGUCUUUUUCUUUUUUGUCCAUCAUCUUUUCCACCCAUCCUCCAUCUGUCCUUCUUGUCCCAGGUCUGACACACUCUUCGUUGUUUGCCGCUCUUGUCCCUAGUCUGUCCCUUAGUGUCUCCCAUCUGGCCUUUUCGUCCAGUAUCUGAAUCAAAUGUUCCUGGUCUGUCCCUCACCUGCCCCCAUUUCCCUGUUCUGUCCCUUGCCUGUGUCCCUUUGUCUGUCCCUCUUGUCCAUGUUCUGUCGCUCUUGUCCUUCAUCUGCCCUUAUUGUCCAUUGUCUGUCUGUUACAUGUUUGUCCCUUUGGCUGUCUCUGGUCUGUCCUGCAUGUCCCUGGUUUGUGUCUUUCCUCCCUGGUCUGUCUCUCUUGUCCCAGGUCCGUCCGUGGCCUGUCCCUCUUGUCCCUGACUGCCCGUCUCCUUAUCAGAGACAGGACUAGUCAAAUCAUGUGAAACUGAAAUCGGAUCAGAUCUGACGAGCUAAAAAAAAAGUGCCGCCUGUCAUUAACAUUUCUUCAUCAGUUUUUGUGCAGUGGUGGUGUAUUUUUUUAGCUGUGUGCUCCCUCUGCUGGAGCAAAAGCAGCACUACAACAUGACUUGAGGUUUUUUCUUCUUUUUAACUCCAGCUGGAAGAAAAAGCAGGGCACUUUGACACAGUGUUUUUCAUGCUUCAUUCAUUAAGAAGCUAGUGUUAAUUUAUAUUCAAACUUUUUUAAAAAAAGAAACCAGCAGCGACAGCAUGAGGAACUUUUUUCUUAAAGAUCAGCUCCUGUUGUUUAAUGAUAAUCAACAAACCUGUACACAGCUUUGGUGGUGAUGAUGAUGAUGAUGAUGAUGGUGGUGAUGAUACAUCAGGUGACAGUAUUAACUGCCAGCUACAGUUUACAGUCUUUAUAUUCUGGAAAACUCUCUCUUUGAAGAGAUGGACAAAUAAAAACAAAAAAAAUAUCGAUUUAAGCUUGAUUUUUCUGUAAAAAGAGGAAAAAGACUUUCUUAAACCAGCAGAAUUUUCUGUUUACAAUGACUCGUCUGAAAGAAAAAAAAACAGUUUUACUGUGACUGCUUUUAUAUAAAUAAAUAAUUAAAGGAGAACGCUGAUGAUGAUGAUGAAGAUGAUGAUGGAGCUGACUCCUUUGUGGAAAAGAAGUUGACAAAACUAAAAAUGUAUUUUAAAAAAGUACUUACUGUCUUAUUGGACACUUUGUUGAGACGUUCUCAUCACUGUCGUAGAGUUACUGUGAUUUGUGGAAGUGUCAGGAGAAACUCAACACGCAGCAUUCCCACAAAUGUUGAGAACAUUUGAGCAUGUUGUGGUCAAAGGUGUCGUAAACUUUUUAGUUUUUUCUGCUUUUUUGUUUCUCACAGUGAUGAUGAGAAUGGUUACAAUGAUGAUGGUGAUGAUGAUGAUGAUGAGAGUUGGACAGCGUUUUGUGAAGGGGUUGGACAGACCAACUGUGAUGAUGAGACGACGAUAUGAUGAUGAGAUGAGUCAUGGAUGCUGUUCAUAUGUAAAUGUGUAUAUAUUUAUAAAUAUAUAUCAACAGUCUUCAGACAGUAAAAGGACAAGGCUCUCAGACCAAACCAGCUGAUAGUUUGACGGGUUUCUGUCUCUGUUUUGACUUGAAUGAUUAAAAAACCAACCAACAAACAGAGAAGCAACAACAACCAGCAGCACCAGCAGCAGAAUCAGUCUGGGUCCUGGACUCUCAGAGGUCUGCAGCUGGACGUGAGAAAGAAAACAAAAAGAGACAGUCUUUCUGCCCUCAGAACUCCGUGUGUGUGUGAGUAUGCGUUUGUCACUGUGUGUGUGUGUGUGUGUUGCUUUUGCAGUUGAAUAAAAUCAGGAAACGCUUGUGACACAAUCACUGCUGUCUCUGUUGCUUGGACAGUUCAAAGGAGAAAAAGAAAACUGAUCUAUUUUUGUACAAAGGUGAUUCUAUCCCUGCUUCUUUAUUCCCUUUUUCCCUCGUCUCUUCUGCUCUGCUAUCUGUCCGUUCUUCGGUGGACUCUUGUAAAAAAAA